AUGUCGUCAAACGAUGCUGUCGCAGUCACAGCCAUCUGGACAGACCAUCAAAAUACACUUGAAGCCCGCCUGCCAGGCUCAGGCCAUACGGUGGCAAUGGCCGUGGGAAUUUUACAAAAUCACAUCAGCAAACAUGUUAGCAAGCCGUCAGAUUCACUCAGCGUCUGCCGCUCCGCUGGUUUCGCAACGCUAUUCGCUCCUAAUGCCGAGACGAAUAUUCGUAUCUGGGCCCAAUUAGCCCGGAAGGCCCAGGCAAAUCAGACAGCUGUGGAACCCAAUACAACGUUAGCCACUGAUACUGCUACAACCACUCAGUCAAGCGUAUCAGCAGUCCCACAUCGCAAAUACACGCUGACAAGUUUGUCCGCGGCCAAGAAAGCUAGGAAACGAAAUGCCGCAUCAACAGCAAAUCCUGCGUCUAUGGCCAAUCUCCCUCAGGUGACGAUGGAUAGACAGCUCAAGGAGAUGCCGGCCUCGAUGCAGAACGACAUUGCAGAGAUUCGGGGCAAGAAUGAGAGGAUUCUGGAUGAGAACGGCAGCAUGCACGGUGAGAUAGAGAGGAUUCUCAAAGAGAACCAGAGCAUUAAUAAUGAUCUUGCCAGCGUUCGCAAGGAUCUAGAGGCAGCGAGAGUCAAACACAUUCGCUGCAAUGCUGCGAUCGGUGGAGUCAAGAAUAUUACCAUUUUUAGAUGCGAAAUCCCGAUCAAAUCUCGGAGGGAAUGA